AUGACCACACUCAGCCUAAAUAAAGUCAAUAAGACUUACUUUGACAAGCUUUUUGUGGCCAAAAACAACACGCAGUUGUCUGCGGCAAUUCGGGCCAAAGUGCUUCUUGUGGACCAGCACACUAUGCCUAUCAUUUCAAUGAGCUACACCCAGUCGCAGCUACUUCAACAAGACGUGGUCCUUAUCGAGAUGAUCGAGAACUUCCGUAAUCUAAGUCCCAUGAAACACCUCAAUUGUGUCAUUUAUGUCAAACCAACAAGAGAGCUGAUGAGCAAGGUGUGUGAGGAGCUUCUGAACCCUCACUAUAACCACUAUCAAGUUUUUUUUAAUAACUCGGUGAGCAAGAACGACAUAGAGAAACUUGCAGAAGCAGAUGAGCAGGAAGUGGUUAACCAGGUGAUUGAGCUUUAUCAGGACUACUCUGUCGCAAACGACAACUUGUAUACAUUGAGUAUUUCGGAGUCGUCUCUGAUCCCCAGACACACACAGACGAUCCAAGAAGCAACCAGUUUAGUGAGUCUUCUUUUGUCCUUGAAGAAGUGUCCCAUAGUUCGAUACGAGACAUCUUCCUUGGAGUCGAAACGUUUGGCAUCUGAGAUCUUGUACUAUAUCAACUCCAACCUGAACAAUAAUUUGUUUGACGAUCUUAAUAAAACUAGCGAUGUGCCACCUACAUUGCUUAUUCUAGACCGAAAGAGUGAUCCUAUUACCCCCUUGGUGUUACCGUGGACGUAUCAGUCAAUGAUUCACGAGUUGAUCGGAAUCAAUAGAAACAUGGUGGACCUCAAAGACUCUUCAGAACAGCUCACGCUCUCGGAAACACAGGAUAAGUUCUUUCAGGAGACGAUGUACAUGAACUAUGGUGACCUCACUGACAGAUUUCAAAAAUAUGUUGAUGAGUACAAGAAACAGACGAAACAGACGUCUAUUGAGAAUUUGAAAACGCAAGACCUUUCGGAGUUCAAAAGAAUUUUGACCAGAUUUCCAGAGUUUAAAAAGCUCUCCAACAACAUCCUCAAGCAUUUAAAUAUUAUCUCGGAGAUCGAUAAACAGAUCUCCGAGCAAAAUUUGUGGGCUGUGGGAGAAUUGCAACAGACCAUUGCAUGCGGCCUAGAAAACCACCAAAAUAUCAAGACAAAGUUGAUGGAUUUGAUUUCGGAUCACACUGUGUCGACGCAAAACAAAGUCAAAUUACUUAUGCUCUACGUUGCUAAGUUCCCGAAUCAUCAAUCUGACUUGGGUGGGAUGUUGGCAAAAUUGAACGAUCCAGUCACCACGAGUCCUCCACCAACUGUAACACAAACGCUAUUGAUCAAGCAAUUCAGUCGAUAUUUUGGAAGCAUUAAGAGGAUGUCCUCGCAAGAAAGCACUGACAACAACAGCAAUAUUGGCCAAAUAUUCAACAAGAACCGUAUCAAGAUCCAGCAGCUUUUUAACCCUAACAAUCAGAACUCACACCACAGCGUGCCCAAAACGGAUAACAUCUUCAUGCAAUACAUCCCGAAACUCAAUGAUGUCUUGACCCAUAUAACGAGUCCCCCUUCGCAAAAUAGACAAGGUCAGCAACCUCAGUCACAAGAUCACAUAGACUUGACUUCCGUGGUGCCGGAUGUGGUAAGCAAGCAGUAUGGUGAAGUUACUGGUCAGGCUGCGCAAGAAGUAAUCAUUUACUUUAAAGGAGGUGCUACGUACGAGGAAGCUCGUUUAGUACACGAGCUUAGCCAAGUGAACAACCGAGUGAAGUAUAUUAUUGGUGGUGACGGGAUACUUAACAGUAGCCAAUGGCUAGAAAAAAUGAGUGAUAUCGUCAACGGGUACAAUGAGCCUGCUGGAGGAUCAGCAGCGGCGGGGGCGGCCCAACAGGAUCGGAGAAGCCAGCUUCGUGAGAUCUUAUAA